AUGGGGGCCCUGGUGUGGUCUCUACCAUGUGCGACCAUCACGGUGCUCCUGCACAUCUUUUGGGUCACGCAGAAGGGGGACAACAACGCAGAGAUGGAGGGAAUCAAUACCAUUUGGUCCGGAUACACUUUCGUGCUUGGCUUCCUCAUUGUGUUCCGAAGCAACCAGGCGUACUCACGGUUUUGGGAGAGCGUCACCUUGUUUCACCAAAUCACAGGGGAAUGGACAAGCGCCGUCAGCAACCUGCUCUCGUUCUGCAGUCCAAACAUCGAGAAGCAGAAAGAAGUGGAAGAUUUUCGGCAGUAUCUCAUCCGCCUCCUGAGCUUGCUUCAUUGCAAUGCGCUGCAGACCAUCUGUGACCUUGCAGAUGAUACGCUGGAGGUUCUUAACUUGGGAGGCAUUGAUGCAGCCAGCCUGCUGCAUCUGAGGACCAGCCCGGACCGCUGCGAGAUCGUUCUCUUGUGGAUUGAGCGCCUCAUAAUCGAGGCAGACAGGAAGAAGACACUGGAGGUGUCUCCGCCGAUCCUGUCCCGAGCCUUCCAGGAACUCUCACGGGGCAUGGUGAGCGUCACAGACGUGCGGAAGAUCCGGAAGGUCUUCGUGGUGUCCACGUCGUACUGGACGCUCUUUUACAUCGCUCAAGAGAUCGACCAGCCCUUCGGGGAGGAUGCGAACGACCUGCCGGUUAGGGAAAUGCAGCGCGAGUUCAACGCGAAGCUGGAGUUCUUCGUCCAGCCCCUGUCAUGGACUGUGCCGCAGUUCAGCUUGGAUUCUGAAGAUGCGCUGGAAGUCAAGGUUUUAAACUCCAGCUUCAUGCUCCGCCAGCACAGCGACGAAAUCCGCUCGCGGAAGUCAUCCCUACGAGUCGAUGGCGUCGCCUCCGAGCCGGCGGCUUUGGUCAAG